AAAAGAGGAUAUCGAUACCUGCAACCUCGCACAACUUCGCACAACUGCAGCGCAACAACAGCGACAGAUGAAAGCGUGACGUGAUCCGUAGCGCGCGUUGUUCUGCCACACGUCUCGCGAGGAAGAGAUAAUGCGGUCGCUUGAGAAGAUCUCGGAUCAUUUGUAGAAGAAAAGAAAUUAACACCGACACCGGGACUGCGUUUCGUAUGUACGUAUCGACGCCGGACCGAAAAAUGGAAGCGGAUUAUCAGCCGACGCCACUGAGCCCGUCGCGGACGCUGACAGGGAUAGGCAACGACUGUGAAGAUCCUUACCCUAGUCUGUCAGAUUAUCACGAUUACGAGCCGAAUUUGGAAUUUGAUGAUACAGAAUUGCAAACUACUUCAAACAAUGCUGCACGCCUUCUAGAAGACAAAUUGGAUUUGGUGAACAGCACAGUUGGUACUGCAGGAAUGGAUUAUUUGGAAAGCCCAGUAAGCGACGGGACGAUUGAGGAAAACUUUGAGGAAGCUUUGGUAGAUGCUCCAGUUAUCGAAUCCGCGGAAGAUCUAGCUGCUUUGGACGGAGAGCUCGCCGACGAGGAGGAUUAUUUCGACAUAUCUAAACAUGGUAUUGUGGAAGUAGUUGGCGAUGACAGUGCCGGUCGCAAAGUAAUUGUUGUGUCAGCCUGCAAAUUGCCUUCCAUAGGAAAGGAGGUCUUCAAUCACGCUAAAUUUCUUAGGUAUCUUACGCAUACUUUAGACACAUUCGUGGAACAAGAUUAUAGUCUCGUUUACUUUCAUUAUGGCCUUACGUCAAAAAAUAAGCCACCUUUAUCUUGGCUAUGGCAAGCGUAUAAAGCAUUUGACAGAAAAUAUAAAAAAAAUCUCAAAGCCCUUUACCUAGUACAUCCCACAAACUUUAUUAGGUUUGUGUGGCAAAUAUUUAAACCGGCUAUUAGUGUCAAAUUUGGACGAAAAAUGAUGUAUGUUAAUUAUCUGGAAGAUUUAGCACACUAUAUUAAGUUGGAUCAAUUAAUUAUACCUCCCCAAGUAAUAGAACAUAAUAAUCAACUACUGAUAAAGAAUAAAAAGUAUUUGCCGGCAAGUCCGCCACAAAGCACAGUAGUUACACCGGUUGGCACGACUCAGUUCGGUGCUAGUUUGCAAUUUAUAAAGGAAAAUAAUAACGGCGAUCCGAUACCACCUAUUCUAAGGCAGUGCGUGGAAUUUCUCGAUACACCAGACGCACUGGAAACAGAAGGCAUAUUUAGAAGAUCGGCCAACGUAGCGGUGAUCAAAGAACUUCAAAAUCGUUGCAAUCAAGGUUUACCCGUCGAUUUUCAAGGGGAUCCGCACAUUGCUGCGGUUCUACUCAAGACCUUCCUUCGCGAGCUAGACGAACCUCUUAUGACCUAUGAACUAUAUGAUGAAAUCACGCAAUUUCAAACGUUAUCGAAAGACGAACGUCCGCGUAAAGUUAAGAUAUUAAUAUUGGAAAAACUACCUGAGGAUAACUACCAAGUCCUUAAAUACAUUGUACAGUUCUUAUCGAGGGUAAUGGACCGAUGCGACCUAAAUAAGAUGACUUCUAGCAAUCUGGCGGUCGUAUUUGGACCGAAUCUAGUUAGAGCACCACCAGCAUGUGGAAUGUCCCUCACUGCAAUAGGAUUCAUCAAUCAAUUCGUAGACUUUUUAUUUACUUAUCAAGAUAAGAUUUUCAUUAUUUAAAAGCGUCAAGGGCCUAAUUAUAAUACAUUCAAUUGUUCACAUCACGCGUACAACGUCCGCACUACUUUUGUUUUACUGAAAUAUUUUUAUAUCCGACGUGAGGUAUAAGAGAAUACAUACAGGAAAACAACUUAAUAUUCAUUUACACGCAAUUUUGCACAAGAUUUUUUAAUAUGAGUAGUUACAUUAUGUUUCCGAACGAAAGAAUAAAACGUUCGAAUGGAUGUCGGUUGUGCGAUGUUAGAACGCCAGCCAACUUGUGUGUAUAUCUAGAGAAAAAUUACGACCAAAUACCAAAGAUAUAUGAGAACGUCACGCAGUAAAUAUAAUAUGUAAGAUUAUUUAGAAAUAUAGCGUUUAGUCUUAUUUAACAAAGCGUAGAAAAUAAUAUAUUCAAGAAUCGAAAAAGUAUUCGGCUGAAUGCCGCUGAAAUCAUGAGAUCAUGGACCGUGAUUCGUCCCGACUUUUGCUUUAAUUAAUCUUUUUUUUAAUUAAAUAAAAUUUUUAAAUAAUAAAUUAAUUAUCUAUUUUAAGGUAACUUAUAUUAAUUAUUUCUUCGAUCUAUAAUUUUUCGAACUUUAUCAAGUUGUUUCUAUUUUAAUGUUAUUCUUAUUUUGUCAAUUAAAAAAUUUAAAUUAAAUCGAUUUAAUUUUUUUAUUCUAAUAAAAGUAUGUACAUAUUUGCAUAUCACACAACCAGCUUCUGUUGCUUAUUUUCAUUGCAAAGUUUCAUAAAAAAAAGUUUUUCUAAAAUGUUUUGGUACAAAAUAGAAGAAUCAUAAAGUAAUGAAUCUCUUUAAUACUUGGCAUUUUCUUCGCAUUAUGUAUAUAUCGAAAAAAUUGAUUAUUCAAUCACAUAAAAUAAAUUGUAGUUUAACAAGUGUAGUAUAUAUAAUAUUGUAUUUAAUUCGAGAAAGGCGAGAUAUACUGUAAUACAGGAAGAUUUAUACAUGUAUAAAUAUAGAAAGACAUUGUGUUAACUCUAAACAAUUAAAACGAGCAUUUAUUUGCUUUGUAAAAGUAACAGAACACUCUGAUAGUAUUAGAGAAAGAUUAAAUUAUAUUUUCUGUUUUAAACCGUUCAUUCCAUCUUUUGUGACAUUCUUUAUAUAUAUAUAGUAGUUAUAAGUAAAAUACUUUAUACUGUUUAGAGUUAACAUAAUAUUAAAAAGCAAGCGUGAGCAUGAUAAAGUGAUUAGAAUGGCUGUUGUGGUAACUCAGUCAUCAUGUAUAAAUUCUAGCGAUCUUACGAUAUUUUUUUUUAAAUUAUGAUCUCGGGAAAAGAAAAUUCGCCUGACCUGAUAAUAUCACAUGAUCGUUUUUACAAAAAAACGAAAGAGAGAGAGAGAGAGAAAGUGAGUGAAUGAAAAAGAGAAAAAAGCUUGGCAUGUAAUGAAUGUCAUGUAUAGUUUAAUAUUUUUUAAUUAAUUUUGUCCAUCAUUUAAAUGUAAAGAUAAAAGACUUAGCAGUUUUUGCGGAGCGAACCGCAAAUUUGUAUAUCCCUUUAAAUAGUCCUGCCAUUAUGGGUAACUGGGAUAAAGUAUAGGCCGACAGAGCCUAAUAUCUCUGCUCUCUAUCAUCGAAAAGACUAACCCAGACCUGUAUAGAACUGAUGUGACUCGAUUACAUUCCUCGUUGUUGUCAAUAAAAAAGCAUGUAAUAAAGCAUGUUAAUUUGUA